AUGUCGAAUACUGAUUUUCUCGGCCGCGCGAUCGAACAAGUGAAGAAAGCAAUUGAACAAGACACUGCAGGCGAAUAUGAGAAGGCAUAUCAAGCAUACUACCAAGCGCUGGAGCUCUUCAUGCUGGCACUGAAAUGGGAGAAGAACCAGAAGUCGAAAGAGAUGAUACGGCAGAAGGCCGGUGAAUAUAUGGAGCGAGCGGAGAAGCUGAAGAAUCAUUUGGCAGAACAGGAUGGGAAACGAAAACCGGCGGCGAUGGGUGCUAACGGCAAGGCGUCGAAUGGGUCCGGGAAAGGCAACGACGAUGGUGAUGAGCAGGACGCAGACAGUAAGAAGCUCAGAGGUGCUCUGCAAGGCGCAAUAUUGACAGACAAGCCCAACAUCAAGUGGGAAGAUGUGGCAGGUCUGGAGGGUGCGAAAGAGGCGCUUAAGGAAGCGGUCAUAUUGCCCAUAAAGUUUCCACAUCUCUUUACCGGAAAGCGACAGCCUUGGAAGGGAAUUCUAUUAUAUGGUCCACCCGGUACAGGAAAGUCAUACUUGGCAAAGGCGGUUGCGACGGAAGCAAAUAGCACUUUCUUCUCAGUAUCCUCGUCAGAUUUGGUGUCAAAGUGGAUGGGAGAGUCCGAACGUCUCGUGAAGCAGCUCUUCAAUCUUGCUCGCGAAAACAAACCUUCAAUUAUCUUCAUUGACGAAAUCGAUGCCCUCUGUGGUCCUCGAGGCGAAGGCGAGUCCGAAGCAUCAAGAAGAAUCAAGACCGAACUACUCGUCCAAAUGGAUGGUGUGGGACGCGACUCGAAAGGUGUUCUGAUUCUUGGCGCAACAAACAUUCCCUGGCAACUCGAUGCAGCUAUCCGAAGGCGUUUCCAGCGAAGAGUACACAUUUCCCUGCCCGAUCAACCCGCUCGAAUGAAAAUGUUCGAACUGGCGGUUGGAUCUACACCCUGCGAACUGCAAGCAGACGACUAUCGGACAUUAGCGAAAUACUCCGAAGGCUACUCCGGAUCUGACAUCUCGAUCGCCGUGCAAGACGCGCUGAUGCAGCCUGUACGAAAGAUUCAAACCGCGACACAUUACAAGAAGGUGGAAGUUGAUGGACAGGAGAAGCUCACGCCCUGCAGUCCCGGAGAUCCUGGUGCUAUCGAGAUGAAUUGGACGCAGGUCGAGACGGAUCAACUGCUUGAGCCUCCAUUGCAGGUGAAGGAUUUCGUGAAGGCGAUCAAGGCCUCGCGGCCGACUGUGAGUCAGGAAGAUCUCAAUCGGAAUGCGGAAUGGACGAAGGAGUUUGGUAGUGAGGGCGCGUAG